AAGAAAAACAGUUGUUAAAGCUACAGUCAGUCCAUAUCAAGAUGAUCACAAUCUGCCUUCUUUGGGGACUUCUCUCUCAAGUGUACCUGAUUCAGACUGAAGAUGCUCCUCAACCAAUACCAGUGACUACUCGUCUAUUUGGAGACAAUGUAUCUUUGCCAUGUCCUAAAGCAGAAUCUGAACAAUUCCUGUACUGGUACAGACAAACUGUUGGCCGACUGCCCCAUCUUGUCGCAUCUGUGUCCUAUGCAUCAGCACCUGUACUUAAAGGAGAGUUUAAGAACCCACGUUUCCAUGUGGAGGAAUCUCAAUAUGGGUAUAAUCUCAUUAUCAGAAAUAUCAGCACAUUAGAUGAGGCAACAUACUUUUGUGGAAUUGGGACAAUGUAUGGGAUGAACUAUGGAAAUGCAACAUUUUUGGCUGUGAAGGGACACAAUCACCCUACAUUGGUGCAGCAACUAGUUUCUGAUCCAGUCCAUCCAGGAGACUCUGUGAUUCUACAGUGUACAGUACUCUCUGAGACCUGUACAGGAGAACACAGUGUGUACUGGUUCAGAGCUGGAUCAGGAGAAUCCCAUCCAGGAGUUAUUUACACCCCUGGGAACAGGAGUGAUGACUGUGAGAACAGCCCUGAGACUCUCUCUCCUACACAGAGCUGUGUCUACAGCCUCUCCAAGAACAACCUCAGUCUCUCUGAUGCUGGGACUUACUACUGUGCUGUUGCCACAUGUGGGGAGAUCCUGUUUGGCAACGGAACAAACCUAAAUAUUGAAAGAUCCCUGGAACAUGUAAUCAUUGGACUGGGAGUGACAUCAGUUUUCUGUGUGAUUGUGAUCAUUAUACUCGUUUUCAGCAGAAAUAAAAUGACAAUUUGUGAACAUUAUAAAGCAGUGAGUGUUGCUCAGCAUAUUGGACAUGACAACUCAACCACCGAAUGUGAUCAGGAACAAGACCCAGAGACUCUGAAUUAUGCUGCAUUGCAUUUCUCUGAGAGGAAAACUAAAAGAGGAAGAAAGAAGAGAGAGACACAACAGGAGAGUGUGUACUCUGAUGUCAGGUACUCAGAUUGAGACUGAACAUUGUUUAUGUGCAGAGGAAUGGAUGUAGUUUGGUAAAUAAACUGUUCUUAAUAUACUGUACAAUGUGUUUAAACAGUCAUGACAUUUUAGCCUUACUGAUACAGUGAUAUUUUCUAUCAAGUAAGACAGUGGCAAUAUUUUCACUAUACCCAUCAUGAGGUUGCCACAACCUAGCCUAUGAAUGAAAGUUUACAAUAUAGGUGCACACGGGUCGAGAGAAAGAUUUGAGGUGACAGACAGUGACACAUGGAGAGACAGGGACACAUUGCACACGUUUGCCUGCAUCUAGCUGAUCAGAGCAACACGGUUAUGGAACGGCUUGUCCUGUCAGGUAGAGGGCCAAAUACCAUUGAGGUCUUUAAAUCACUCCUGAAAAGUUUGACCUUUAAUCUGUGUAUUGUUAUUUUAGACUUCCUUAGUGAUUCUAAGUCCUCCUCUUGUAUCGUAUCUCUCGUAUCUCAGCCCAUUGUUUAGACAUACUGUUUAACUGUGAGACAACUCAUUGGCCUUGUGCUAGUGUCCUCCCUGAGAUAAGAUGGUUGAGGGUUUGAUCCCUGGUUGAGUCACACCAAUUACUCUAAAAAUGGGACUGGAUGCCUCUGUUUGGCACUCAGUAUAAAGGAGACGGAUUGGGUUAAGUGUCCUAUCAAGGAGGUGUACUUGUACAUCAAGCUGCAUUCUGCUAUAGAAUCAGGAGAUAGGCUCCUGCCACUAUGAGGCAUUUUGGCUCAGACAAGGAUUAAUUUGACUCUAUUUUCAAUAAUGUAUAAUUGCAGUAUGGUUAAAAUGUUUUAUUUUUUAAAUAAUUUUUGCUAAAUGUAUUAUUGGUGUGGUAUUUAUUGUAACCCAUGAAACCACCAAUAAGAUAGCAUGACUUCUUAAACAUUGUAUAUAAUGUAGGUUUAUUACGUUCUCCAAACAGCGUACUGUAAUUAUAGCUAUAAUGUACCAGCAUGUACCAGUAGGGCUGUGUCAAAUCAUCAAACCAAAAAAAUAAAUAAGACAUUGUCUGAUUCAUCACAUUA